CUGGACCACAAUGGUCAGGGUUUAUCCUUCAUACGGGGAAUAGAUCAACAACAGUCACCGUGUUGUUACAUACUACUUCAUACAUAGUUAUGGAGUUGAGUGUUUUUUGUUAUUACACUACACAAGCGGAGUAAGUUAUGGUAAUUUUUACUAUUGUGUAACAUUGUUCUAAUAAAAUAUCCUUAGUUACCAGAUGCAUUACGACAUAGGUAUAUUGAUUUUAUGAUGGCUAGUAUUCAAACUGAAAGUCUUAAAACAUCUUGAACACAAACUUCAUAUCCCACAGUCCUCUGUGUUAAUCAGCACCAAAGCACCAUGGCCUUUUCGCAAUUGAAUUUGCUCAACUCCUGCGUCCUCUCUGUCUCGCCUGCAUUUGAAAAGGGUCAAGGGUUAUCGAGGAGCGGCAGCGAGAAGAGGAAAUGUGAACGAAAAUGUGCUUGUAUGAAAUUAGACUCUCCUUCUCAUCUUGUGCGUCAUCAGGCAAAUGACAUUUACAGGCGUGGAUCCCAAAAUAAAUGUGUAACGUGAUCAAAACAUUUUUUUUUAUUUUACCUUUAUUUAACUAGGCAAGAUCAGUUAAGAACAAAUGCUUAUUUUCAAUGACGGCCUAGGAACAGUGGGUUAACUGCCUGUUCAGGGGCAGAACGACAGAUUUGUACCUUGUCAGCUCGGGGGUUUAUCAUGGAGGGGAGGACACUCUUUCGUUUGCCUACUAACAAAUUGACAUCUCCUCAACCACUUAUCGGUUUCUGAGUAACGAAGGUGGAGGAUGGACUUUUGCCCAAAUGAGAAAAGACUCAUGAAUUGCAUCCGGGGACUUCCUGUAACAGUAGGAUCAAAGGAGUCAUGUACAGCUUGGAGCGGCCGGUCCAAGGACAAAGUUCCUGUCCGAAGGACCGACUGGGAAGGAAGAGGAGGACGGUGGUAUCCUCCCUCACAGAGGAUGAAGAGCUGACGGAAAUCCUCAAGUCAUACUGCAGCAACAAGGUGACCACCACCAAGUACUCCUUCCUCUCAUUUAUCCCCAAGAACCUGUUCGAACAACUCCACCGCUUUGCCAAUAUCUAUUUCAUAUUCCUGGCAGCUCUGAACUUUGUUCCAGUGGUCAAUGCCUUCCAGCCCGAAAUCAGCAUUAUUCCCAUUCUCCUGGUGCUGGCAGUGACGGCAGUAAAGGAUCUUUGGGAAGACUACAGGAAACACAAGUCGGACAAGUUCAUCAACGGACUGGUCUGUGAGAUUUACAGCAGGAAACGGCAGAUGUAUGUGGACCAGCGUUGGCAGGACGUCCAUGUGGGGGACUUUGUCCGUCUGUCCUGUAAUGAGAUCAUCCCAGCAGACAUGCUGCUGCUAUACUCCUCUGACCCCCACGGCGUCUGCUACAUCGAGACGGCCAACCUGGACGGGGAGACCAACCUCAAACAGAGACAAGUGGUCAGAGAUCUGCCACGACAGGGUUCUGAGUUGACUCCAGAGAACUUCCACAGCCGCAUUGAAUGUGAGAACCCCAACAACGACCUCAGCCGGUUCCGAGGUUUCAUGGAGUACCCCAGUAAGGCUCGUGUGGGCUUACACAACAACAACCUCCUUCUGCGAAGCUGCACCAUCCGCAACACGGAGACCGUCAUAGGCAUUGUGGUCUAUGCAGGUCACGAGACCAAAGCCAUGAAGAACAACAAUGGACCGAGGUAUAAACGCAGUAAAUUGGAGCGCAGGCUGAACGUGGACGUGCUGUGGAGCGUUGUCCUGCUGGUCAUCAUGUGUCUGACUGCAGCUAUAGGCCAUGGUCUCUGGCUCAGGAACCUGAAGGACAAUUCCUUUCUGAUCCCUGAUACCACGUCUCCUGCCCUGUCUGGCUUCUACCUGUUCUGGACCAUGAUCAUAGUUUUACAGGUGCUCAUCCCCAUUUCCCUGUAUGUGUCCAUCGAGAUCGUCAAACUGUGUCAAAUCUUCUUCAUCCAGAACGACGUGGACUUCUAUAAUGAGUAUAUGGACUCCAGGAUCCAGUGUCGGGCCCUGAACAUCACAGAGGACCUGGGUCAGAUUCAGUAUGUGUUUUCAGACAAAACUGGCACGCUGACAGAGAACAAGAUGGUGUUCAGGCGCUGCACCAUUGCUGGGGUGGAGUACCCCCACGAGGAAAAUGCGAGGAGGCUUGAAGUGUACAAGGAGGAUGAGGCGCUGGGUUGCUCCCAUACACUCAAGUCACGUGCCAGCGCCAAGUCCCUGAGCUGCAAGUCACUCAGCUGCAACCGCAGCUCUGUGUCCCUGCACACACUGACAGGCCACUCUGAGGGGGAGGAGUCACCCAGCCCCACCCUGCCCCAACACAGCGCCUUCAGUAGCCCCAUGGAGAAGGAUAUAGUCCCAGACCCUUUCCUGGUUCAGAAGCUGAACUGUCUGUCCUCUCCACUCUUCCUUCUGAGGGACGCCAGUAUGGAGCUCACCUACAUCGUUGACUUCUUCAUGGCUCUGGCCAUCUGCAACACGGUAGUUGUGUCUUCUCCCAACCAGCCCCGCCAUGUGGUCGAGGUGCCUGAGGUCUCCCGUACCCCCCUUAAAUCCCUGGAGGACAUCAAGAUGCUGUUCCAGCGUUUUGGCCUCCCCCGCUUCUCCACACUCUCUCCUCCCCACACUACAGAGAGCCCUCGCAGCUUCACACGCAGGCUCUUUUCCAGGGGCAAAGCAGCCUCCUUCACCCCCAGCCCCUCCCCUACCCCCACCAAGCUGGGUACAGAGCCAGACGGGGAGCCUAACCUUGAGGCCUCCAUCCUAAGUAUCAAACCAGGGCUGGAUGGGGUCCCUGGAGAGGAUGGGGACCAAGGGUAUGAGGAGGAGGGAGAGCAUGGCUCUUGGAAAGGUGAAGAGGACAAGAUGUUACACCUCAACCCGGGGGCCUGGAGCGGGCUGGAGAACUCAAACGGAGGCGAAGGCCCUCCCAGUGAACCUGGGGCAGAUGAACUGAUCUAUGAGGCGGAGAGCCCUGACGAGGCGGCUCUGGUCCACGCGGCCAGGGCCUACCGCUGCACCCUGCAGGGACGCUCACUCGAGCGCCUUCUGGUGGAGCUGCCAGGGAUGGGCAGCCUGGCUGUGCGCCUGCUCCAUAUCCUGCCCUUCGACUCCACUCGCAAGAGGAUGUCUGUGGUUGUCCGCCACCCGCUCACCAACCAGGUGGUAGUCUACACCAAGGGAGCCGACUCGGUCAUCAUGGACCUGGCAGAGUCACCUAAAGGUGCUGAGCAGUCAGACGGGAGACAAGGUCACAUCAGAGAACAAACCCAGAAACACCUAGACAACUACGCCAGGGAAGGCCUUCGCACCCUCUGCAUCGCUAAGAAGGUGUUGGAGGAGGAGGAGUAUGAAAUUUGGUUGAAGCGUCAUGCAUUUGCAGAGACCAGUAUAGAGAACAGAGAGGAGCUUCUACUGGAGUCUGCACAGAGACUGGAAACCAACCUCACGCUACUGGGGGCAACAGGGAUUGAGGAUAGACUGCAGGAAGAAGUGCCAGAGACAAUUGAGGCACUACAGAGAGCAGGGGUCAAAGUAUGGGUCCUCACAGGGGACAAACAAGAGACUGCCAUAAAUAUCGCCUGUGCCUGCAAACUGCUCAGGACCACAGACCAACUGCUGACUGCUAACUGUGAUAGCAAGGAGGCCUGCAAGGCCUUGUUGCUGGAGCUGCGGGCGGAGGUGGAGCGUGGCGAGGCAGCUGAGGGCACGUCAGGCUUCACCCUGGUGGUGGACGGGCGCACGCUGGACUUCGCCCUGCAGGAGGACCUGAAAGGGGACUUCCUGGAGCUGAGCCGGCGCUGCAGGGCCGUGGUCUGCUGCCGCUCCACUCCACUUCAGAAGAGCCAUGUGGUACAACUGGUACGGGACCAGCUCCGAGUCAUGACCCUCGCCAUAGGUGAUGGAGCCAAUGAUGUCAGUAUGAUCCAGGUGGCAGAUGUUGGCAUUGGGAUAUCUGGCCAGGAGGGCAUGCAGGCUGUGAUGUCCAGUGACUUUGCCAUCUCCAGGUUUAAACACCUCCGCAAGCUGCUGUUGGUCCAUGGCCACUGGUGCUACACACGCCUGGCCAACAUGAUUCUCUACUUCUUCUACAAGAAUGUGAUGUAUGUGAAUCUGCUGUUCUGGUACCAGUUCUUCUGUGGUUUCUCGGGGAGCGUCAUGACUAACUCCUGGGUGCUCAUCUUCUUCAACCUCCUCUUCACCUCCGCCCCUCCCCUUCUCUACGGGAUCCUGGACAAAGACGUGUCUGCAGAUACCCUCAUUAAGUUACCGGAGCUCUACAAAUCCGGACAGAAUUCCAAGGCCUACCUCCCUUCUACCUUCUGGCUGACGAUGCUGGACGCUCUUUACCAAAGCCUUGUCUGUUUCUUCAUUCCUUACUUUGCAUAUGCAGGGUCAGAUGCAGACAUGCUCUCCUUUGGGUCUCCCAUCAACGCCUCGGCCCUCCUCAUCAUCCUACUACACCAGGUCAUCGAGAGCCGCACACUGACAUGGCUACAUGUGUUAGUGCUGGUGGGUAGUGCUCUCUUCUACUUCUCUUUCACCCUGGUCUUCAGUGUGGUGUGUGUGACGUGUAGUCCCCCCACCAAUCCCCUUGGUGUGGACAAGCUACAGAUGUCCCAACCACUCUUCUAUGGAGUAUGUGCCCUCACCACCGUGCUGGCACUGCUACCAAGAUUCCUGUUCCAUGCAUUGCGCAACAGCAUCUCCCCCUCUGACACACUGAAAGCUGCUCUGAUGGACCAGCUCAACCCAGACAACUACUGUAGGAGGAUGCAGCACUGGAACCAGACCCAGGCCCAGAGUAAAGCCAGGGGUCUCAUCAUCAACGUGGAAGACUUGGACAUCAAGAUCCCUGACUUUAUACUCCCUAAAGAGCUGAAGGAAUGCAGAGCUGCCACUGGCUCUGUGCUCUCCUGACCUCAGAGGCUACAGGAGGUGGCUACAAUAGAAAGAAAAGGAUAGUCCCCAUUCAAGUCAUUGAUGGCAUAAUUGGUAGCCAUUGUGAGUGUACUCUUAGGAGCAAAGAAGGAAGUAAAAGCUGGAAGUUUUACCCAUCAAUUUGUGCUGUGAUUUGUUGAAUUAACUCAACUGACAUUUCAAAAAAUACAUUCCAUUGCAUGAGCCACAUCAGUUAGCAUAAUUUACCAGUCAAAUUGCAAGGGUUAGAGGUUCCAAGCCUGUGCUAUUCAUUAUUUACAUGGUGGCUACAGGGUUCAACCCUAACACCCUUCAAAGCUAGCUGGCUUGCAUGCAUUGCUCACUAGUGUUGGUUAAGAUCACCAUGCUGUCUAUCCAGGGCAAAGAGAUGGAUGUUUCUCACAUGUGCCUAGAGUUGCAUUAAGAUGGAGUCAUGGUCCCUUGAGAAAAGAUUGGUGAUGUGGACACAUUCAUAAAUGUGUGUCUGCUGUGUGGUAGGACUUUGACACAAUCCAGUGUCCCUGGUGAAGAGGCCCCUUCAUAGUGCACCUUACCCGAACACUGCUAGGUGUGGUCCACUCUGGCCCUCUUCAAUGUGCACUGAGCAUGUAGAGAACAGAAGGCUAUUCGUUAUCAUUAUUAGUUAUCAAAGCGCUGCUUUGUUGAGAAGGGUGGAAUUAUAUGCAGGAGUGUGUAAUGUUUGGAAUGUUUUUACAAUCCUUGAGCUGCGUACACUUAUUUUUAAAGUUAGCAUCAAGCUAUGACUCCUUUUGUGUUUAGGCACAACUCUUCGAUGUUGGCGUGUCUUACACAAACACUCCAAAAUAACAUUGUAAAUGAUGCAUAUGAACCUUGGACACAGAGGUCCCAUUGUAGGGCUAGACCAAAUCAAAAUGCUGUAAAGUGGCCUUUUCCUCCUGAAUCACACUUGAAUUCAUUUUGACUGGAGUUGAAAUGGAUUUGGCAUGGACCUGACCUUUCUCACCACUGUUUUCCUCUGAUCUUUAGUUGAGUAAAGCAGUCCACUAAAACAUGGGAUAUAUUUAUUUAACAUGUAUUUCCUUGUUGAGAUACAAUCUCUUUUUGAGAAAGUCCUGACCAAAGUGGCAGCGCAUGUUUAGUUACAAGACAAGAACCAAAAUGCUAUGUACACACUGACAAAAUGAAAAUGAAAUGUGGGAAUUGACUGAGGGCCUGGGGCUUCUAAAGCAAGACAACCAAAAGUGCAACUUAGUAGGCCUAAGUGCAGGAGGAGGAUUCAGGUAUGGCUGGUCAUCUCUACUGCCUGAUCUGGCAGACUCACUAAACACAAAUGCUUUGUUUGUGAAUUAUGUGUUUGAGUGUGCAGCUGGCUAUCUGUAAAUUAGAAAACACAUUGUGGUUUGCUUAAUAUAAGGAAUUUGAAAUUAUAAGUAUAUUUUAACUAUUACAUUUACCUUUAAUACUUAAGUAUAUUUAAAACCAAAUACUUUUAGACUUUUACUCAAGUAGCAUUUUACUGGGUGAAUUUCACUUUAACUUGAGUCAUUUUCUAUAAAGGUAUCAGUAAGUGUGACAAUUGGGUACUUUUUCCACCACUGGAAAUAGGCUUUACAAAUGUUCUCUUGAGUUUGCCUGGAUAAGGCAUUGGGAUUCAUAUCUACUUCUGAGAAGUGACGUUUUUCUCUACCACAUGCAAUUCUGACCUGGUUUGGUCUUUUUUAGACAGAUCAUCCUCAGUAUUUUAUGUGGUAACAUUAGACUGAUGUAAUUUUUAAAAAAAAAUAGAUUUUUACAGUACAAUCCUGCAUAUCAAAUCCUGUACAACAUGGCGAAGGCAGCUGAUUUGAAUAUAGUCCAAUUGGAAAAGUUUCAAGGCAAUGAUUAGAAGUCAUUAUUUUAUAUCAACUUAAUUCCAAAUGUGUGUACUGUAUCAGAUAUUGGUACAAAUACAUUAGCAACUCAUGUGUUCUGUAUCAUGUUAAUUAUUUGAGUUUAGUGUUAUUAAACAUCUGAUGUUAAUUUG